UUCCUUCGAUUCUCAUCAAUACAAAUCGACAGAUAUAUAUAAAUAAUCUAUAUAUAUAUAUAAGGGGUGGUAUUGUGCAGAGGUUACAUGCAUUGUAUUGAAUACCAAAGUUUAUUUCCCGAGAAACAAGCGGAUCAGAGACAAAUCAGAGUCGGUUUCCUGCUUUUUGAUUCCUCUUUAUUAAUCAAGAAGAUCGGUUCUACUUCUCUCUCUGUCGUCUUCUUCUUCAUCUCUCUUUUGAUCAAGAAAAUCAAAGCUUUGAAGGCGUUUCCUCUCUGUUUCGGGCGGGAAAAGAUAUGGCGAUACAAGCACAGUUAAAUUACAACAACUCUUCGAAUGCGAAUCAAAUCGGGUUUCCGUUAAUCGGUGGUAGUGGUGGGUCUGAGUUUUCUUUGAUCAACAACAAUGGCGGAAUCGGAAUCGGGAUCGAUCAGUCGUAUUCGAACAAUAAUCUCCAGUCGCAGAAAGAUUUCAACCAACAAGCUCUGUCUCAUCUUCAACCUCAAAAUCAACAGUAUCGUUCCCAGAGCCUCUUAGACGCUCACAUGGAGAAACAGAAGCAAGAGAUCGAUCAGUUCAUCAGAGUACAGAACGAGAGUUUGAGAUAUGUGUUGCAAGAACAGAGGAAGCAAGAGAUGGAGAUGAUCUUGAGGAAAAUGGAAACGAAAGCUUUGGUUUUGAUGACGCAGAAAGAUGAGGCGAUGUCACAAGCACUGAGCAAGAACAUGGAACUCGAAGAUCUGUUGAGGAAAAUGGAAGUGGAGAAACAAACGUGGCAGAGAAUGGCUCGUGAGAACGAAGAAAUGGUCGCAACGCUUAACUCGACGCUCGAACAGGUUCGAGAGAGAGCCGCCACCUUUCACGACGAAGCUGCGGUGGAGGAUGAAGGGUCGUGUUGCGGCGGAGAUAGUUUUCCGGCGAAGAAGAUGAGUAAUUGUUGCUGGAAUUGUGGGUCUAAUGGAGAAACGAGAGUUCUGUUUCUGCCGUGUAGGCAUCUCUGUUGCUGCACGGAAUGCGAGGCUGGCCUUGUUCUUUGUCCUAUGUGUAAUACCCCAAAGAAGAACAGAAUCGAGGCCUUUUUUUCGUAGGAAGAUUAGUUUCCUCUCUUUCUCUGAAAUUUUCCCGAGAAAAUUGGUACAUUCGGUAAAAUGCAUUUGACUCCGGUGAACGGAAAGAGUUUUCAACGGCUUAGACGACGUGGCAGGGUAAUUUGGUGUUUUCCGAGAAGUUUAGGGGAGAAAAGGAUAAAGUUAGAUUAGGAAUUUUAGAAUAGGAAAAGGUUAUGAAGAAGUAAAUUCUGACUAGGUUUUCUUUUUCCUGUUUU